AUGGGUAAAAGAGGUUUUGUGGGCUGUUUGUUCUCUAUGAUCUAUGGCUUCUUCGUCUUAAGCUUUGGUACCACCUCAAAGGCUCAAAUGGUUCCUGCUGUGUACGUGUUUGGAGACUCACUUGUGGACGUUGGCAACAACAAUUACCUCACUCUUUCCAUUGUAAAGGCAAAUCAUCGUCACUAUGGCAUUGAUUUUCCUACCCACAAACCAACUGGGAGAUUUAGCAACGGCAAGAAUGCUGCAGAUUUCAUUGCUGAGAAAUUGGGUUUGGCAACUUCGCCACCUUUCUUCUUUCUAACAUCAAAGGCCAACAAAAACAAUGCAUCCUUCAUGGAUGGUGUUAGCUUUGCGUCCGCAGGUGCUGGGAUAUUUGACGGUUCUGACGAACGUUAUAGACAAUCAAUACCGUUGACAAAACAAGUGGAGUACUAUACAAUUGUGCAUGAGAAGAUGACAGGAGAAGUAGGAGCAGCUGUUCUACAAAAACAUCUCUCAAAAUCAAUUUUCGUUGUGGUGAUUGGCAGCAACGACCUCUUUGGAUACUUUGAGUCAUCGGAUCUUCGUAAGAAAAGAACCCCGCAGGAAUAUGUGGAUUCCAUGGCUUUCUCACUCAAAGUGCAGCUACAGAGAUUAUACGACCAUGGUGCACGUAAAUUUGGGAUAGCGGGAGUUGGGGCACUUGGAUGCUGCCCUGAAUUCAGGCUGAAGAAUAAAACAGAAUGCGUUGCUGAAGUCAAUUACUGGUCUGUAAAAUAUAAUGAAGGCCUUCAAUGGAUGUUGAAGGAAUGGCAAUCAGAGAAUGGAGGAAUAAUCUACUCCUACUUUCAUACUUUCACUGCCAUCCACGAUCUCAUUCAGACUCCACUUUCCUAUGGAUUUAGUGAGGUAAAAGCUGCUUGUUGUGGACUGGGCGAGCUGAAUGCCAGGGCUCCCUGCCUGCCGUUGUCAAACCUUUGUCCUAAUAGACAAGAUCACAUAUUCUUUGAUCAAUUCCAUCCUACGGAGGCAGCUUCUCGUAUAUUUGUUAAUAGACUUUUCGAUGGUACUUCAAGCUACGCAUUUCCCAUUAAUAUGAGACAACUAGUAGCUGCUUGA